CUACUGCACAUUCAGGACAACAUUUAAUACACUCUAGCGCAAAACAUACUUCACAUGCAAUUCGUUGUGGUGUGCUUUACUGAUUUCACUGACUGCAGGUGAAAUCUUCGUGAUUGACCGUUGUUUGACGAAAAGCUACGGCGCUUAAAUCACUGUACAAUGUCGCAUCUUUUAAGUAAAGAUUCACCGGAUAUCGAGAGCUUACUAGCCUUAAAUCCCAAAGUCCCUCAGAAAGCCACAUGGAAACCCAGCAUUAUAACAAAGGGCGAGAAGAAACGAUGGAAGCGCAACGAGGACAAGCAAUGUUCUACAUGCAAACCUUUGAACAACAACUUUGACGACAUCAAACAUACAACGCUAAGCGAGCGAGGCGCUCUUAGAGAGGCUUCUCGAUGUCUGAAAUGUGCGGACGCUCCGUGUCAGAAGUCCUGUCCGACGCAGUUGGACGUCAAGGCAUUUAUCAGCAGCAUCGCCACCAAAAAUUACUACGGUGCAGCUAAAGCGAUCUUGUCGGAUAACCCUGUCGGUUUAACUUGUGGAAUGGUGUGUCCUACUAGUGACCUUUGUGUCGGAGGAUGCAAUUUAUUCGCCUCCGAAGAAGGUCCAAUAAACAUUGGAGGUUUACAACAGUUUGCGGUGGAGAUGUUUAAGAAAAUGCAAAUCAAGCAAAUCAAACCACCGAAUUUGGCUCACGAUCUUCCGGCAUCUUACCAAUCGAAAAUAGCACUUCUUGGUUGCGGACCGGCGAGUAUAAGUUGUGCUACCUUUUUAGCCCGACUCGGCUACUCCAACAUCACCAUCUUUGAAAAAGAGAAAUUUCCAGCUGGUCUGAGCGCAUCCGAAAUCCCUCAGUUCCGCCUGCCUUUUGAAGCGGUUUCCUGGGAAGUCAAAUUAAUGCAGGAUUUGGGCGUCAAGAUUAAAUACGGUGCUGGCAUUGGUUUUGACGGUUUAUCCAUUGCGUCACUACGUAAAGACGGAUAUGACUCUAUUUUUGUGGGCAUCGGACUUCCUGAGCCCAAACGCGAUCCCAUGUUUCACGAUCUGGCACCGGAAAAUGGAUUCUACACAUCCAAAGAAUUUUUGCCGGCUGUCAGCGCUUCUAGUAAACCAGGAAUGUGUGCAUGUAAAUCGAAAUUACCGGAAUUAUGGGGCAACGUGAUUGUACUGGGGCUUGGAGAUACGGCACUGGAUUGCGCUUCGUCCGCACUGCGAUGCGGCGCUCGUCGCGUUACUAUUGUCUUCCGGAAAGGUUUUACGACUGUUCGUGCCGUUCCGGAAGAAAUGGAUUUAGCGAAAGACGAAAAAUGCGAGUUUAUUCCCUUCAUGCAACCUCACAAAGUCAUUAUGAAAGAGAACCGUAUUGCUGGAAUGGAAUUUUAUCGCACUGAACAGCUGGAGAAUGGAAACUGGAUUGAGGACGCCGAUCAGAAAGUCCGCCUGAAAGCCGACUUCGUCAUUUCGGCUUUUGGCUCGACGUUGAAGAAUACUGCUGUAAAGGAAGCCUUAGAACCGCUGAAAUUCACUAAACACGGUUAUGCAGUGGUGGAUAAACUGACCAUGACCGCGCAAGAUGUCCCUUGGUUAUUUGUCGGAGGAGACAUUGCCGGUGUGUCGGAAACGACGGUCGAAGCCGUCAACGAUGGAAAAUCAGCUUCGUGGUCCAUGCAUAGAUAUUUGCAGAGCGUACAUAAUCUUGGCGUUCCCGAAAAACCAUUCUUGCCGCUAUUUUACACUCCGGUUGACCUCGUGGACAUUAGCGUCACUGUCUGUGGACUGAAGUUUAAAAAUCCUUUUGGUCUGGCAUCUGCGCCGCCGACCACUUCCAGCGCUAUGAUGCGAAGAGGAUUUGAAGCUGGAUGGGGUUUUGCGCUGACGAAAACGUUCGCUCUUGAUAAGGACAUUGUGACCAACGUCAGUCCACGUAUUGUGCGCGGCACAACUGCCGGUCAUCUCUAUGGGCCAGGCCAAGGAGCAUUCCUGAAUAUUGAAUUGAUCAGCGAAAAAACAGCUGCUUACUGGUGUCAAAGUAUCACAGAGCUGAAACGAGAUUUUCCUGACCAUAUACUCAUUGCCAGCAUUAUGUGCUCGCACGAUGAGGCUGACUGGACAGAAUUGGCCAAAAUGUCGGAAGCGGCCGGAGCCGAUGCACUGGAACUGAAUCUGAGCUGCCCGCACGGUAUGGGUGAACGCGGAAUGGGUUUGGCUUGUGGUCAGAAGCCGGAACUAGUUGAAGAUAUCUGUCGCUGGGUACGCAAAGCGGUGAAAAUUCCCUUCUUUGCCAAACUGACCCCCAACGUUACCGACAUUGUCAGCAUUGCGCGUGCCGCAAAACUAGGUGGUGCCGACGGAGUUACAGCCACGAAUACCGUUUCCGGCUUAAUGGGUCUGCGGGGUGACGGAGCAGCAUGGCCGGCAGUGGGCAAUAAACAGCUGACCACAUACGGGGGUGUUUCCGGUAAUGCCAUUCGACCGAUUGCCCUGCGCGCUGUCAGUGCCAUUCGCACCGUGUUUCCGGAUUUUCCAAUUUUGGCCACGGGUGGCAUCGAUAGUGCCGAAAGCGCUCUGCAGUUCUUACAGGCUGGCGCCAAUGUUGUGCAAAUAUGCAGUGCGGUACAGAAUCAGGAUUUCACCGUUGUGCAGGACUACAUUACCGGCCUGAAGGCACUAUUAUAUUUGGAAAGCAUGGAGGGCUUUGACGGAUGGGAUGGACAAAGUCCACCGACUUUGAAGCAUCAAAAGGGCAAACCCGUCGUACGGCCGAGCAAAAUGGGAGAUAAUACUUUGCCAUUCUUUGGUCACCACAUGGAAACGCGCGAGGAACUACUGGCUGAGGACAAAACGCACGGAAAAGAAGGUACACCGGAAGAGAAAGCGCAUUUGAUGGAUUCAUACAAUCUCGAAAAGAGGCCGGCACUGCGUCUGGAAGACGUCAUGAACCGGGCUGUUGACCGCAUCGGCGCUUAUGGUGACCUGGACAACAGUCAACAAGUGGUUGCCAUCAUUGAUGAGGACAUGUGCAUCAACUGCGGCAAAUGCUACAUGGCCUGUAAUGAUUCCGGUUACCAAGCUAUUACGUUUGAUCCGGAAACACAUUUGCCCCACGUUACGGAAGAAUGCACAGGAUGCACAUUGUGUCUGUCGGUGUGCCCCAUUGUAGAUUGCAUAACAAUGACAAAACGGAAAACACCAUAUAUUCCGUACCGUGGUAUCCCACUUGGACAGACGAAUGAGGCCAGCGGAUACUCCAACGGGGAGAACCAGCGAGUGCGUCGACAAAGUGAGCCGCUGCACUGUCAGUAGCUCUGUUACGCGAAAGUGACCUUUGGUUUCCCAUGCACGGUUUCGAGGGUCAAGAGCUGUUCACAAUAUAUUCCAUUUCUAAUGCGAAACUGCACUCUGUGCUGAAAUUAAAUACUAAUCAGCAUGUACAGUGUAGCUCUGGCACAACCGUACUGUUAACAUUACGUAAAAAUUGCUACAUAUCGUUCUUUAGAUGAUUGUUUGUGUCGUGUGCAAAUGUUCUAAAGAUGUGUUUGUUUUGGAGUUUACUUGUUUUGAAGUUUACUAUUCUUACUCUUAACGCAAAAUAAAAUAUUAUCAAUGUU